CGGUGCCUCAGUUUGUACAGAAUUGGGGGAAGAGGGAUAUUUGGUAGACCAGUCUUCGGUAAACACAUCUUGCCCUGCCUGCGGCUUGGAAACGACCAAAAGAAGCCCAGCUGGCUGCGCCUGAACUCGGGUACACGUUCAGAACCUCGCCUCUUCCAGAUGAUUACCUGCCUCGCUCGGGCUUUUGGCGUCAUCCGGAAAAUAUGGCUCAAGCCAAUCAUUGAGAACUUUGCUCUUCUGGACGGUCACUCAUUGGCUGAUAAGUCAAACCUGUUCUGUUGUCCAUAUUGGCUACUACCGCUGUCAGUCAAGGUCUGGGUAGAACCUACCCCAACUCUUUGUCUCUGCAAGCUCUUGUUGUCUGGGAGAGCUAUGGAGGCGCUGCUGUGGAUUGGUCUCAGGGAGAAACCUCUGGUCUGCUCUUAUUGGCUCACCUGCCGAUGGAUGACGAUGAUUGGUUGGACGGGGCAGCCUAGGUUCUAGUUGGCGGAGCUCUCCCCGGAUGGAAGCUCUGGCCACGGAGUGAUGGUGGCUGCAGCGAAAAUGGGCCAGGCAGGGACCAUGGCGGUGGCGGCAGAGGUGGCAGGGGCGGGGCAGCUGGUGGUAGAGGAAGCUAUGGUCUUCAGGGGGCUGUAGGUGGAGGCAUGGCUCGGGCCAGCAGCGGGAACGGCAGCGAGGAGGCCUGGGGAGCACUUCGGGCACCGCAACAGCAGAGUCCGGCAGCGUCUUCUCUUGAGGGAGCAAUUUGGAGAAGAGCUGGAACCCAGACUCGCGCCCUGGAUGCCAUCCUUUAUCAUCCACAGCAAUCCCAUCUGCUUCGAGAGCUGUGCCCAGGAGUGAACAACCAGCCCUACCUCUGUGAGAGUGGUCACUGCUGUGGGGAGACUGGCUGCUGCACUUACUACUAUGAGCUCUGGUGGUUUUGGCUGCUCUGGACUGUCCUCAUCCUCUUUAGCUGCUGUUGCGCCUUCCGCCACCGACGAGCUAAACUCAGGCUGCAACAACAGCAGCGACAGCGUGAGAUCAACUUGUUGGCCUACCAUGGGGCAUGCCACGGGGCUGGCCCUGUUCCUACCAGUUCACUACUUGACCUUCGCCUCCUCAGCGCCUUCAAACCUCCAGCCUAUGAGGAUGUGGUUCAUCGCCCAGGCACACCACCACCUCCUUAUACUAUGGCCCCAGGGCACCCCUUGACUGCUUCCAUUGAAUGCACCUGCUGCUCCUCUGCAUCCAACUGCCCUGCCCACUGCGAGGGGACAAUUGUGGAAGAUCUUUCUUCCCACCAGAGUGCCCCCCCUCAUCAGGAGGGUGAGCCUGGGGAAGGAGUGAACCCUGAUCACACUCCCCCCUCCUGCCGCUAUCGUCGCCUGACUGGUGACUCAGGUAUAGAGCUUUGCCCUUGUCCUGACUCCAGUGAAGGUGAGUCAGUCAAGGAAAUGAGGGUUAGUGCCACCCCACCAGAUCUGGGGGAACAGUCUCCUUGUAUACUGUCUCCAGAUCCCAUGCUCCAGGUCUCUCCUGUGGGGCUGGCUUCCAGUGAAAGGGACAUCCCAUAAGUAGUCUUGGGAGGGUGGGUGGUUACAUGUCCACUAGAAACAGCCCUGGUCCCAGUUCCUUAAGUCCUCCUUGGCCCCUCUUAGAAUCUGCCUGAAAGGGCUGGAGUCCUGAAGAGAGGGGCAGUACUGGGGGACUGUGCUAGCUUUACCCACCUCCAACACAUACACAGGAGCCUUUGAUCUCAUUAAAGAGAUUUGAACCAGCU